CUAAGUACUAGUGUGGUACCUUUAUUUUGCACCUCUACUGCUUCUUAGCUUCUGGUCCACCAUUUUUCAAAGGAAGAAACAACGAGUGCACAUGGACGGCUUCAGCACAGCACUGGUUUAUACAACACUACAGCAAUGUGUAGCACACGUGUACCCUGUGUAAUAAAGUUGUACGUCAUCAUUUUCCUUUUAAAAGGAGUACUGCUACAGUUAAUAGCACAGUUGCCCUCAAGCGAUUUUUGGAAGCUGUGGUCACCACACCACUCCUGUCACCUACAUCAUGUAGGCUCACUCAGUGUUCUUCCCCUUCACACACUGCAGUUUGAGCCACUGUGGUGCUGAGGACACCAAAUCUGCCACACCUCCCCACAAAAUAAAAUUAUUCAGAGGAGCCUCCUGAUGACUUCCACACAGUGAACACGGACACACAAAAAAACCCACUCAUUUACUGUUUCGCUGUAGCCUUAUCUUUUGAAAACAUGGCUUUCAGCAGAGUUUUGCUUGGGCACAGAACACAUUUUAUGGGCUUGUUUUUAACACAUGAGAACACCAGAACCGUCCGUAGCACCCCUCCUCACACUUCCGCCCGCUACCAGCCUCCCCGCCACAACACCCGCUCCAGCCGCCGGCGGCGCGGCUGGCGGCACCACGCAGGCGCGGCAGGGCCCAGCAGCACCGCGCAGGCGCUGCGGAGCUGCGCGGAGGAAGUUUGAACGGUGGCGGGUCUCGGAGCCGCUGAUGGAGCCCGUGCUGAAAGGUAUUUAUGCAUUUGUAGAAGUUUGGUCAUCUAGCAGAACAGAAAAUUACUCAAAAGCCUUUGAGCAGCAACUUCUUGAUAUGGGAGCAAAAGUUUCAAAAACUUUCAGUAAGCGUGUGACACAUGUAGUCUUCAAAGAUGGACAUUCAACUACAUGGAGAAAAGCACAGAACGCUGGUGUAAAGAUUGUUUCUGUACUCUGGGUUGAGAAAUGUCGAGAAACUGGAAUACGUGUUGAUGAAUCUUUAUUUCCUGCAGUAUACAGUAAUGAAGGGUUACCACUAAAACACAAAUGUAUGCAGCCAAAGGACCUUGUUGAAAAAACUCCAGAAAAUGAUAGAAAGCUGCAGAGAAGACUGGACAAGAUGGCUAAAGAAUUAGCUAAACAAAGGAUAGGAAUUAAUGCAGAAACUGAUAUACCGGUUCUACUUUUUGAAGAUGAUGGUUCACUUGUGUAUAGCCCUGUUUCUAAAAUAAGAGAUCAAUGCAGUGAAAUGGAAAGAAGAAUAAAUGAGAUGAAGGAGAAAAGAGAAAAUCUUUCUCCUACUGCUUCCCAGAUGUUUCAAACUCCUACACACUGCUCACAAGGAGGUUGCCUACUGUCUACCUCUUUGAUGAAUUCAGAAGAUACAUUAUUGCAAGGAGAAAAAAAGGAAGACUGCUUAAAUUCAAGUUGUGAUGAUUUUUUUGGAACAGAUACCUCAAAAAGACAGAAAAAAGAGGUAGAAAAGAUCUGUGAUACUCAGACUCGUACUCAUGUUUCUCUGAGUGCAUCAUUGAAUUCUCCCUCAUGUGGCCGUGACCAGAAGAGCUCAAUCCGGAAACAACCUAGCAGCAGAAGCUUAGGUGAUGAAAAUCAAGUUUCUGCAUAUGAUUUUACUGAUGGCUCUUGCAAAGUUUUUAAUGAACAAAAGAAUAAGCACAGUAGGAAGAUAAGAAAAACUAAAAGACUCCAAAAGCCAACAAGGACACUAGUUAUGACAAGUAUGGCUUCUGAGAAACAAAGUUUAGUAAUUCAGGUGGUGAAUAAACUUGGAGACUUUCUGUUCUCAGACGAUGUAUGUGAAACAACAAGUCACGUUGUUACAGGGAGUCCUCGUCGUACCUUGAAUGUUAUGCUGGGAAUUGCUCGUGGGUGUUGGAUUGUUUCUUAUGAAUGGGUUUUGUGUUCUUUGGAAUUUGGGCACUGGGUCUCAGAGGAACCAUAUGAACUUUCUUCCAACUUCCCAGCUGCUCCUAACCUGAGAAGAGUGGGGAGAUGGUGAGGAGAUAAAACUGAAGGACGUAUGCAUUGCUUGUUUGCAGGGUGCUCCUUCUGUGGAGGAAUGAAAUCAGUGUUGAAAGUGAUAAUUCCAUCACCUUUCCAAUCAUUCCUUUCUUGAGUCAUUCUGGAGACAACUGUAAUAGAUACCUUAUAUUUAAAGAUAAGAUUAUCAUUUGAGCAUGAAUGGAGUUGACAUGUCCUUCCUUAUUAUUUCUUUUCUUCUUAAGAAGCAAUAUGGAAAAUGAAAGGGCAUUUUACUUUUAUUUUCUGUUUAUUUGAUUACAAGAAGGAACUAAAGAAGGGGUUAUAUUACUGUUGUAUUCUAAUUGUUUGUAUCAAGUCCAAAGGAGUGGUUGCAGUCUUCUUUCUAUAGCAUUCUUUCUAAAAUGUCCUCUUCUCUCUUCACUUUGGUGUUUCUAAGCAAUGCAAUCUCAGAUAAUGAAACGAUAUCACUGUAAAACUUACUUACUCUAAAAUUUUACAUUCAUGUUGAUGAAUUAACUAGUCUGUUUUAAAAAUAAAUUAUAAGUCUCAUUAAAUAAUUGAUCUACUAAAGAUCUAUCACAGUAUCUUCAAUGAUCUUCACAGAACAGUCAUCAGAAGGAGCCUUUUGCUUUAUAUUUUUUCCCCAGCAAAUUGAAACUAACCAUGCAGUAUUUAGUUACUUUUGUACUUUUGUUUUCUUACUAAAAUAAUGAAGUUUAAUAACCAGAAGUUGGCACCUUUCUUCUUUGCCAAGUUAAGCAUGCAUACUCUGCCAGAUUCCAUCACAUUUUGUUAAAGUUUUUUUUUAGAUUAUUGGGCCGAAUAUGCUUACUGUCACAAAUAUUGGGACUAUUUUCUUUAGUUGUCUGAUGAAAUGCAGUGAGGGAGGAAGUACGUUCUUUCUAUUCAAUUUUAUGGAAUCAUAAAAUAUCCUAGAUUAGAAAGUAACUCAGAAAGUUUAGUUCAAUGCCCUGUUCCAAGCAGAUCUAAUUACAUGAAGAUACUCAAGGACUUGUCUGGUCCACCCUCAUGGUAAUAAACAAAUAAUAGAAAUCCAGCUAAGCAGAAUUUCCCAAAUUCCAACUUAUGCUUAUUGCUCCACUACAGUACACCUCCAAGAAGGGGUCUGGCUCUGUCUUCUAUGUGUCAGGUAGCUGUAGACAGCAGGAAGGUCUCCCCUUCCCCUUCUCUUGUCCAUGCGGAGAAAUGCCAUCUCUUUUUUGUAUGUCAUAUGCUGUAGCUCCCUGACUAGCUAAGUCUUUACUUUCAUGAAUUUCUAAGA